CUGCCGUAGACACGAUUAUGUUUCGUGUCUGGCGAACCCAUUCAGUGCUUCUCACGGCACGGGGGCACAUGGUGCGGUCGCGGCCGCAGACGGUCUCUCCGCGAGUGGUGCACGCACGCGAGCCGCGCGACGAAGGAGCAGUGCAGCGAACUCCGGAAGAUAAGCUCGCCGAGGAGGUCGAAGGAUAAAGCGAGAAGAAGGAGUUGAGAGGACAAGUGCAAAGAGUAACGUUAAGUUAUAUAUUUUAAAAAAGAGAGAGAGAAAAAACGUUGAAGACGCUUUAAGAAUGUUGAAAGCUUCGGAAGAUAUUUUCCGAACGGAUUAUAUUCAUUAAAUAUAUCAAAGAAAUAUAUUGAAAUACGUACUGUAAACUAUAAUAACACGAAAAGCUGCGAUAAAACUUAUAAAAACAGAAAUGUUUAAAAAGGAGUGCAAUAUAAAGAAUAAUAAUAAAAGAAGAAAAAGAGACUAAAAGAGCCGGUGCCACGUGUGCGUCAUUUUUAAAAAUAUAAUUCUGCUCUGAAGAUACCACGCGAGAAAAAAAAAACGUGUUACAUCGGAAGAAGAAACUGCGUUGCGGGGACCUGCGAGAGCACUCCGCGCGCACUUUCGGGGGAGAUUCGGCGCGUGUCCGGCGGCCGCGGCGCGGACGUGUGUGCGAUGUGAAAAGCCCGGUUCCGUGCUAAUUAUGACAGCGCGCGACACCGUGAAACGCGGUUCUCGUCGAUAAAGUUUCGCGAGCCCAACCGUGCCGAAUGGCGCGUCGAUUCCGCGCUCUCUUCUUCUGGCCGCACGUGCAUGGAGAUCCUUAAGUAGUGCUAUCGCGAGUAUCGCGUAUCCAAACGCGGGCAUCAGCGGACGCGCCCGAGUCCGGGAAGAUAAGAGGAAAGGAAGAACGCACGGCAUUCCCGGAGACCGGAAGGCGGAAAAUCGGCGACUCACGAUCUUAGGAUCACUCGGGUGUCGUGAAGACCUAACGAGAGAGACCGGCCGCGAGAUCGCGAGUACAGCGAGCAGGAGUUUCCCGUUAUCGAAUCUCGCGGUGCCGAGGAGCAAGAGGGGCGAUUCUCGUCCAUUCGACGAGAUUUUGCGAAUCUCACGGUUUCCUGGAGCCUCUCACGAGACGAAUCGUACGAUAAAUAAAAUAGAUGAACAACAGCCUUCUGAAUAAUCUUCGCUCUUUUUGGUGACGAGAAGAACUGACUAAAAUAAACGAGGAGAAGAUGGUCUACCGGGGCAGUUUGCAGACGGACGAGCCCAGGGAUGCACCGAGGCUGGUCCGGGUGUCUCCUCUGCGCAGCAGCAGGUCCGCCAAUCCCGGGUCGAACUCGCGGGCCGUCACGUCCGCCAGGGGCCCGGUUUACCACAAUUCACUCGCGACGUCGAUCGACGCCAAUCGGGCGCGGAUGAUCGAGGAGAGGCGAUUGGGACGCGAGCGGGAUAUCGAGUCGGUCGAGAAGGUGAUCAUGAGGACGACCGGCAUGAAAAUCGGCGCGCCCAAGCUGCGCAACAUCAGUCAGAUCCGCGAGACUGUCUUCCUGGAUCAGUCGCUGACGCCGGUCGACAAGAUCGGCAGGUCAGACUCGAGGAAUAAUCGACCGCGCAGCGUCGCUACGGGUUACGAGGAUGGCACGGCUAGGAUACCGAGGACUCCCAACUCUCUCCUGGCGGACCUGAGGGACUUGGAGAGGCUGAGGAACACACCGCCGACGCCGCGGAAUUACAGAGGACCUUCGCAGAAAGCAGAAUUAAUGCUGACGAUCUCGAGUAAGAGGAACGACGCGCCGACCUCGGCCAAGAUCCGCUCGGAUAUCUUCAAAAUCCAGCAGAUGUUUCAAUCGGCGGAUCCAUCGCCCAGGACAAUGUCCAGGAACGGCAACGACAAGCGGAUCAGGAGCGAUUCGGAGAAGGAGGAGAGGAAGCCCGGCGCGGAGAUUAACAGGACUCGGUUGCUGGCGCAGAAGCUUCUGGAGGCGUCCAGGAGCAAUCGGGAGUCGUUGAAGGAUCGGUGUAACAAUCCGAAGAACGUGUCCAACAAGAUGUCGGGCAGGAACACAAACGGGAGAGCAUUGGGUAAGAUCCUUCAGGAGAUUCCGGAGAGAGACCUGAGGGAGAGGCAGAAGCAGAAGGAAGACCCGAGAUCGGAGGAUCAGCCGCGUCCUCCCGCUCGCAGGAGAAGAAAUUCGAAAAGUCGAGGCUGGAAGGACGCGGAUUACUCUUCAGACGGGCGCCGCGGGUCGGAGGACCGAGGAGGUGUCCGCGAUCCCGAUCGCGGGGAGGACUCGUCGAACGGUGGUGCGAGCGCGGAGGAGAAUUCUAAAGCGAGUUCUAAUCUGGACAGACCGGAUAUUCUGAACGGGCUGUUGAAGGAGUCCGACCGGCAGCUGGCGAACCUGAAGAGCGAUCUCGGCGAGAGGGAACGCUCGCGUAGUCACUGGCGAGGAUUCGUGCAAUCCAUGAGGCUGCACGACGUCGAGCUCCAUUCCGACAGCGAGGACCAGCGCAAGGACCUGAAUCUGUGGAACAAGAGUAUCAGUCAGCGCUGGCGGAAGCUGCGGCGAAGAUGCUCCGUGCAGGAGUCGUCGGAGCCGCAGGAGGCGCUGAUACAGGGUGGCGGGAAUCACGGCGUUAUACACGCGGUGAGAUCGACGCCGGCCAGCAGAGAAGCCUCGCCGGCCGCGAAGAGCCUUCAAGAUGGUAGCUCGCCGAAGAAACUGCUGCAAACUAGUUCCCUGAGGCUGCCAGGUACGACGAAGGGAAUUGCCGACAUCCAGCACGUGCUCCGCAGUAAGUUCAGCAAGAUAAACGCCGGCAUCAGGAAGCGAAAGGCGCUGAGCGUGACGGAAGUGUUCCCCCCGCAGAAGGACAAUGCCUCGAAUUUCUACGUGCCGAGUCCGCUCACCUCGUCUUCGAGUCAGACCUUCGAGGAGAAUCGUUACGACUCGAGCGAGCCGGCGUCCCUGCCGCCGUAUCCCUUUCACGAUAACCUGGAGACCUUGGCGGAGAGCAGCGUCCCGAACUCACCUCACUGCAACGGCAACAGUUUCGCCUACUCCGCCCAAGACGGCUACGAGCAGAAGGACCUCUACGAGAACGUGGUGUUUUCCAGGUCCUCGCCGUCGUCCUGCUGCCCAAGAGUCCGGCCAGUUCUCCAACGCAGCAACUCGGAGAACCGCGAGGCCAGCGUGCACGAUCUGCACUCUUACGAGAACGUGCGCUUUCAACGAGGAGCUGGCGCUCCGCGAGACGAUCUGGCUACCGGAAGUCCGUACGCGGGUCGACACCUGGCCAGAAGUAACUCCGAGACGAGGGAGCACGCGUACGAGAACGUGCACUUUCAGAACGCGAAGAUCAGGAAUCAGUCGGAGCCGUCGUUCGAGGAGAUACACAUACCCAGAGUGACGCCCAGAAAGAGGUCCACCGAUUUCAAGCUCGGCGGACAGGUGAAUAAUUACUCGGGCGAGGUAGCGUUGAAUUCCGCCGGUGGUAAGGAGGACGCACCUGCCAGUCUAGGUACGGAGAGAAGUUCCGGCAAGAGAAACCCGAAGAGGCUCAACAGUAGAAGCGUCGCAAAUAUCCCCAGCUCUUCGGGCGCGAACUUGAAGACUUGGCAAGGUACUCAAGACGCGGACGAGGGUCUGAAUACCGAUUCGGAGCUUGAAGAUAUUGACGAGGCCGCUGAAGGGGAGGAGUCACGUUUUUGUACCUUGCCAAGACCUGGUAAGGGGAGCGCAUCCUUUACGAUACUGACCGCCAGAUUUCUUAAGGGUCCCGGUCACAAGGGACUCGGCUUCAGUAUCGUCGGCGGUACCGACAGUCCUCGCGGAAAUAUGGGGAUCUAUGUAAAAACUGUCUUCCCUAAUGGUCAAGCUGCUGACUUAGGCACUGUUAAAGAAGGGGACGAAAUUUUGUCAAUAAAUUCGAAACCUCUUCACGGUAUGACCCACGCCGAGGCGAUCGCCGAAUUCAAGUCCGUGAAGGCCGGGGAUGUUGUUUUACAUGUGGGACGUCGCGUGAACAAGAAGAAGAAAGAAACCUUGAGCCUGGCGCCGGUUAAUCCUUCCGUUCCGAGGCAACCCGUCACGUGAAUUCGUCUAAAGAACGUCGCAACGACGAAGGAUUUUUCCGUUUGCUAAAGUUUCAUGAAUCCGAUCUUUCGUCCUGCAAAAAAUCCAUAAUAUAGCAAUAUCAAUAAUUAUUGCUGGCAAUAAUACGCGAAAGAUCGAGACAGACUGUGGUACGAUUUACUUUGUUCUCUUAAGGGUUCGUGAGACGAAUUGCGUCAAACUUGUAUCUCAAACUUUAAUUUUGCCUCUAGCUUCUGUAUAUCUUUUCAUUAAAAACGAGAUAAAAUUGCGAAUGCAAAAUUUCAUACAAUUAGAACGAUUUAAAACGUCAAAUUUUUGUAUAAGUGUUUAAAAUAAUUUAUUAAUUUAAUGAUUGAAUAUAUAUAUAUUAAAAAACGGAAAUUUAUGCUUUCUAGCGACAUUUUCCAUAACUUUCUUUUUUGUGUUGUUUUAGUCACGAAAAUCGGGCCGAAAGUUGCAACUAAAUUCGAUUACUUCUCCACAUAGUUUGAUUGUAUGUUCUACGUUAAAUGCAGCAAAUGCGUUGAGGAAAUGCAGCUGAAAAAUGUGAAUUUACGUUUGUUUCACGACUUCAGGAUUAGAUUUAAGGGCGGGAUGAUAAAGUUAUUUGCGCGUAUUUGCGACUGCGGUAAGUUUUGACGAAAUUAUGAAGAGAUUCACUGACUCAGGUUCAUAUACAUAUUCGAUAUAAGGAUCUUGAGUCAGGAAAACAAAACGCGCUUACAAUCACGAUUUCCGUUAUAUUUUCUCGAUAUAUAGGGAUUGUGAAAAACUGACGAUGCUCUUUUGAUAUAUCACAAGAGAGCGAAGAGAAGCAAAGUCUCACUUUCAAUUGACAUAAUCAAACGGUGAAGCGAACACUGUCGAAUCAAAACGCGUUUUAACACAUUUACUUCCACGAUGGUCACUGAUGACCAACAUUUAGCUUUCCGUUUACGUUUUGUCAUGAGCGACAGUCGAAUAAAUAUAUUAUAUUAUAUUUUGUGUGCAAUUUAAUAAAUUGAGUGUUUUAUUAUUUUUUUAAUAUAAAAUAUAUAAAAAUAUAUAUAAAAUAAUCCAAUUGGCGUGAACGGAAAGCCAUAGAAAAAAUUUCUAGAUACAGUACUAUUAGGAUCAAAAUAGUGCCAAUCAUAUUUAAUAUUGAAAGAAGAAUAUUUUAAUCUUAAAUAGAGGAAUUCUUUCUAAAUCUAGAAUAAUUCUAAGGAAAUUAGAAGGAUAGCAUCAAGAUUAUUUUAUUCUAAAUUUAAGAAUUCCUCUAUUUAAGAUUAAAAUAUUCUUCUUUCAAUACUAAAUAUGAUUGGCCCUAUUUCGAUCUUAAUAGUAUUAUAUCUAGAAAUUUUUUCUGUGGGUGCAGCUAAAAUACACUUUGGAGGUGAAUGUGUUAAUUGAACGACCGAUCUACUCGGUGCCCGCUAUAUUAAACAUUAAUAUUUAUCGAUAAACUCAUAAUCAUCGUCUAACGUUAUCUAUUAGAGACAUCGAUGUAACGGAGGAUCAUUGAAGCUUUCGAUUAAAUCGCAUUUUCUCACGUUUACUUAUACAUGAAUAUGGAAAAUAGACGAAUUAAACGUGCUGAGCAAAAUUCGGCUAUUUAUAAAACGGAACUUACCGAAUACAACGCAACGAAGUCCUCCAGUUAGCAAUUAACAGACGAUUUAUUUUUAUAAAGCGAAAAUGUACCGCGCGAUUUUUGUACAGUUAAUGACGAACAAAGUGACGUUUAUUAACGUAGCUUUAUGCCGAAUCAACGAAGCGAACGGAAUCGAUCGUGUAUCAAUUGUACGACAGAUAUUUAUCUCUAAUGGCCGAGUGAUACGUCAUAGAAAUAUAAAAAUCUGACUUCGUCCGAGGGAAAUGCAAGGAUAACUAAAAGUGGCAAAAGAACGGUGAAAUUUUUGUCUAAUUUUUUGUCGGAUCUCUUAUUAAAUAUAAUCUAGGUAGAAUAACAGCAAUAAACUUACUUUUUUACAUCCGAUAUUGUUAAUAAUAUUAAAUAUUAUCUUAUAAUUGUAUUAAUAAUAAUUUUUAUAAUAUUAAUAAUUUAUUAUAUGAAUUUAUACUAAUAUUUGAGGAACAUUUUGCCAUUGUUAUCUAUAUCCUGAAAUUUUCUUUAUGCAGACCCGUGCAAUUAGGCACACGAUAGGAAACCCAAAGCCCGAACUUUAUCGCAAAGUCGUUAUUUUUUAACCGUAGACUAACGAAGAUCGUCCAAAGAUAAAGCCCAAAAAAUAUUUUUACUACAAAGACGAGAACACGCAUAGAGAAAGCGCAUAUCUAUAUAUUAUACAUAUACAUAUAGUAUAUAUAUAUUAUAUUUUGAUCGAGCGAGAGAACGCAUUUACUUUAAGAAGAAGCAACAUUAUUAUAGUAUCUAGUCGAUUUGUAAUAUUUUCGUUUUUGAGAGCCCAUUCUAUAGUCACAACGACGAGAGAAAAAAGAGAGAAGAAAUUUUUUAUAUAUGAAUGCAUAUAUAUACAGAUAUAUACACGGUGAUAAACACACACGAUUAUAUAUUUCUUAUAUCCAUUUUCCAAGGUGUAACGAAUCGUAUAAUCGAUCGGUAGAUUAAAUGAUUAGGACUUAGGAUCGCCUCGCUAAUUCGACAAAGGUAAUGUAUGCUCCGCACAAUAAAACAUUUUUAAUUAAA